AUGUCAAGCUCAUAAAAAAUUAGAGAUAGCGUUUAGCCUUUAAGUUCACCAUUUUUAUAAUCAAUGAUCUACUUUGAUUAAAUUUAUACUGUCCUAUAUUUCUUUUUAGAAGGCUGCAUAUUCUUCUAUAAGGGGUUUGGUCUGUACUAUCCCUCAUCUACUAUUGAAUAAGAUAUUGUAUUACUUGUGGCGUUCGGAAUAUGCGAAAUAAUUAGACUCUAAAUGGGUUCAGUUGGUAAUAAAACAGAAUCUACCUCUCAUAUAGUUUGGUUUUUGCUUGUUAACUUACCUGCAAUUGCUGGCUAUUUUUACUUUCUUUUAUUGUAAACAUAUUCUUUAAUGAUCGAAUUAAUUAUGGCAAUAAUUGGUUUAAUCUUUAUUUUAUUCGAAUUAAUCUGGGCUUUCUCUGCUCUCACUAGUUUUAAAAACUUUGAAAAGCAAUAAUACUGA